GCCGAAGGUUGGCCUUGGGGGAAGGUACUGGUGGAUUGCGGCAUCUGUGGGUGCAGCAGGAUCUGAUGCUGUGUUAUGAAACGGCGCGAUCCAAUGCCUGGGAUGGUGAUAGGAGGGUGAUGCUGUCUCUGAUAUCUAUAUGUUGUCUCCCACGGUGGCGGCCAUCGGUCUUCCUUUUGCCUCCUCCCGCACCAAGACAUGCGUAUUGCAUUGCGCCAGAAGACUCUUUGUCAUCCCCGGGAGAUAACGAAUAGAUUGCUCGCAGCGAGGUGCGGGGGCGGAAUCGGUGUCAAGACCAGAGACAACGGGGCCCUGGGCUGGGGACACGGUGGCACGUCGGCAGUUCAGCUUCAUCAGAACGAUCGAAGUAGGAGUUGGUGUCUCGAAGAUCAGGCGGAUGUCUGAUUUAAGAGGGGAAGGUGUGUCGUCGUGUUUUGCGCUUUCGAUCUGGAACUCGACAGGUGGUUCUUGGACAGAUACUGAGGAAGUUUCUGGAAGCAAUUAACGGCGUGAGAUUAACUUGUCAAAGACAAAUGAACCGCUGGAGCAGGAACGAGCGACAGGACAAGCGUUCCUGCUCCUCUAGGUUCUCUGUCGACCACUCCUCUAUGGCAGCUGCGGCCAGCUAACUGUUUGGCUGCGUCUUGAGCUUGAGCCGCGAGAAAACGCGCUCUCUCUCAGGCCCGAAGCCUCUUGACUUCAGAAGACCUCGAGCAUCAUUGAUGUCAUGGUUUCCGCCAGUUCUUAACUAUCAGCUGGUGUGUGGAGAAGAACACCUCUUUGUGUGUCAGCCGAAAACAUCAAGAGACCGAGGAAUUUCGUCAUGUUUACUUACCGCCGUCAAACCGGUGAAGAAUUAUAACCUUGUCUGUCGACCGGUAUGGAUACAUAGCGGCUCAUCAAACCGCCGGUGGCCAUAACUCCAUCAACAGGAGGAGAAGGUGGGUUCGAAAUGCCGCUUGCUUUUUGAUGCUGGUGGUACUUAUACCUCCCUCACCAGCAGUUCUGAACAUCUGGCUGUCAGUAUCCAGCUUUCACCAUCAGUCAAUCUCAGUUCAGCUUGUUCCUCGAAUUCUAACUCUCACCAACCGCUACCAUGCAGCUCGCCAAUUUUGCCAUCACCUUCAUCGGUCUCUUCACCGUCGCCGAAGCCAUCAAGAACUGCCAGAGCUACACAGCCGAUGUGAGAGAGACUCUCUGGAACUCACCCGCCGAGAUGGACUGCUACGCCAUCCAAGCCACCGGCGAGAGCCAAGAAUGUACUUACAAGGCCUCUGACGGUCAGGUGCAGCUUGCUGCAUCUGCUAGCUGCCACCUCCAAGUUCGGGUCAAUGGCGAUGGCAACGAGAUUACCUUUGGCAACCAGGAUGCGGCUGAGAUUGUCAAGUUGGCGAUCUCAAAGUAUCAGGCGACUCUCGACGGUGUUUUGCGUGUUGGCGGACAGGGAACAGUGACCUGUGGCGGCAAGUCGGCCAAUUGGUCUAUCCAAUAGAUUGGGCAAGACGGCGAACUCUCGUCGGACAAUUCAUUGUCCGCAGGCGGUACGAGUAAAGGAGGAAGAUUAAAAGAAAAAGAAGCAGAAGGCAAUCGAAGAAGAAAAGCCGUAGUUGGAACCGUACCUACAAAGGUAGUAGAAA